AUGUCAGACGCCGACGGUUUAUCAUCGGACUAUAAAGAAUCGGAUUCUUCAAAUACAAAGUCCACAUUUACAUUCAAUCCAAACGCAGCGGAGUUUAAGCCAAAUGUCAGCUGGUAUGCGUUGGAUGAACCGGACCAGGACAAAGUUUCAUCAGUAAAUGAUAGUCUACAGUCUUUGUCUAUAAAGGAGAGCCAAAGUUCAGCAGAUAGUGGCCAAGAAGCCAAACCCUCAAAGAGUGAUGUUACUUCUGACGUUGGAUCUUCAAAGAAAAAGUCAGCUGAGUCAUCCUUGCCUCCACCUGAUUCUCGUCAACACAUUAACAUUGUUUUUAUCGGUCACAUUGAUGCUGGCAAGUCCACGACAUGCGGAAACAUAUUGUACCUUUCUGGUCAAGUUGAUGAAAGAACCAUAGAAAAAUAUGGAAGAGAAGCCAAGGAAAAGAACAGAGAGAGUUGGUUCUUGGCGUUCAUUAUGGAUACAAAUGAGGAAGAAAGGCAAAAGGGGAAAACUAUUGAAGUCGGCAGAGCAAAGAUCGAGACUGAACACAAACGUUUCACCAUUCUAGAUGCUCCCGGACAUAGGAACUAUGUACCCAAUAUGAUUGAAGGUGCCACGCAAGCCGAUUGUGGUGUUUUGAUUAUUUCUGCCAGAAAAGGAGAGUUUGAAACUGGAUUUGAGAGAGGUGGACAAACUAGAGAGCAUGCCUUGUUGGCGAAAACACUGGGUGUUAGUUAUCUAAUUGUUGCUAUAAAUAAAAUGGACGAACCUACGUGCCAAUGGUCUGAGGAGAGAUAUACUACCAUCGUAAAGAAAUUAAAACCAUUCCUAAAGACAUGUGGAUUUACCGAAGGAAAAGAUUUGAGUUUCGUACCAAUAUCUGGCUUGACUGGACAAAACAUUUUAGAUCACGUUUCUGAUCCAAACUAUAAAAAUCAUGAGCCAAAGGCGUCAUGGUACGACACAAGCAUGCCUACACUAUUCAGAUUACUUGAUGAACUUCCAACAGCCAAGUGUGAUGACAACGCGCCUUUGCGUAUUCCAAUCAUUGAUAGUUAUCGCGAUAACGGAAUAGUUUGUUUGGGUAAGGUUGAAUCAGGCGUAUUGAAGUCCGGGCAAAGCUGUGUCCUUUUGCCGCACAAGGCAAAGGUCAAGAUCCCAAACGUUUAUUUUGAUGAUGACGAAUAUGCGUUUGCCAAGCUUGGAGAAAAUAUAAGGUUCCGUUUAAUUGGAAUCGAUGAUGAUUCUGUCCCAAAGGGUUCUGUUGUCUGCAAUGCUGAAUCGCUUUGCCCAGUUGUAAAGGAAUUUACGGCACUAAUUUCAGUGGUGGAUUUGUUAGAACACCGCCCAUUGAUUAGCGCAGGAUAUUACUGUAUAUUCCAUGCCCAUUGUUUGUCUGCAGAGGUAGAGUUUGUAAAACUCACCGAAAGUAUAGACAAGGCGACCAAGAAGAAAAAAAAGAAUCCGGUUUUUGCUGCAAACAAUACAAUUAUCACGGCACAUUUAAGAUUGAAAACACCAGGUUGUUUGGAAACCUUUGAGUUCUGCCCACAACUUGGUAGGUUCACUCUUCGUGACGAGGAUAAGACCAUAGCCAUCGGCAAGAUACUAGAAAUUGUAGAAACAGAAUAG